GCAGCUUCAAAGACUAUGUAUUUCUUCUGAUCUUGGAGCUGUGUGACUGGUAGCAAGAAAGAAAAAAAAUCUUAUUCUACAUACAAGUGGAUUGCUUAACAAGUCAGCACAGACACGUACUUGUUUGUACAAUAGAGAUAAAAAUUCCUGUAUAAAAAUAAUUCAGCUGCUGACAGCAGGCAUUGUUGUUGGACCUGUCUUUUGUGCUUGUCCCAGCUCUGGGUCCCCCUCCCCUCCUAUCUGCUUGGGGCAGCCUGCUGCCUGCACACUGCUGACCAGAAGUUAAUUGCUAUAUAUUAAGUAUAUAGGUAUUGUAUUUAAAGAGGAAUAUCUCAAGACUUCCUAUAUGCAUUCCACUUUACUUUCUGAUGUGAUUGCGGUGUUGCCAGCAGGGGGGUGGCAGGCAAACGCUCUAAUUGGGAAAAUCACUUGAACGCAGUUAGGGGAAAUUUGGCCUUCAAGUCCCAUUUGCUCUGUAGUGUAGCAUCGGUUUCUAAACUUUUGUUUUUAAUCUAAUUCUGAUUUGCCCUGUCACAUCCCAUAUCAACCCUCAUUGAACUCUACUCAUGUAGAGUAACAUUAGUGUCAAACGGAAUUGGUCAGGACUGUGGACCUGUGGCUCAUACAGAUGGUUGUGGAUGUGGGUUCCAUGCAGCUCUGCAUCCUAUCCUUUCUAAUAAAUGUUAAAAUGUGGCACAUUUCUGAGCAGGGCCCAAGGAUAAGAGAGUUAAGAAAUCAGGGGGUAGUACCUGAGAUUUUUCUCCCUUCUCUUUCCGAUUUCCUUGAUAAUAUCCACAUUUCUGGUAAGAUCAACUCUAGGAGAAAGUCUGAGUCUGGGGGAGAGAGGGGGAGAAGGAUGCGGAGAGAGGUUCUUGGAAUAUUCUUCGAUAGCAGUUCAAAUGAAAUCCCCACAGCAGAGAGCUUUUGGGUCUAGCAGUGGAGCGGUAAGCUCGGACACGUGGCCUUUCGAAGCUGUUAUUCUCAGUCUGACUUGCACACCAGCUGAGAUAGGACUUAACAUAUACUUUCUUGCUUUCACCUGGGUUGGAGAGGUUGGGGUUGGGAGGAAGAGGAGGAGUUCAUUGGGAAUUCUGUCACUAGAAUUUUUUAAAUGUCAGGAGGUUAGCAAGGUGUGAGUUAGCAUUCAAGCAAAGGAUUCUUCUCCAGACUAGUAAUUGGAAAGCCUGCAAAUCCAGGUUCCCACGAUACUCUCUAAUAACUGGGGUGGGAUGGUGGUGGUGGGUGGACACCAUAACUUUCUGAAUGUCAGCUGAUGUCUGCAUGACCCGUUCACCAUGGAUUAAAUGCGGCUGGUGCUGAAUGGAGGAAAUCAGAAAGGCAAAUCUCAAGCAACAGGAUUUGCGCUCCUCAGAAGUAAACCAGACCUUGCUCCUCUCCCUCCUGUGCCUCUCCUUUCUUGCUGGUUUCCCUUUGGAAGCAGAAACUUCUAAAAUUAAUGCCACUCCAAGCCAAUGAAAAAGCUGUUUUUAUACCACAGUGGAUGUUUACACAGGAGAGACAACUUGAGGGGGAAAAGGCUUUUUGGAAGGGUGGAGGGACUCGAGUUAAUCUGUUCUGUUGGAGGACUAUGCAGUAUUGCCUAUGAGCGACUCUGGGCUGUUUUUGAUAAAUUACCAUGUUUAGAGAUAGGUUUGGCUCUUAAGGGCUUAGUUUUAUGAACAAAGUCCGUGACGAUGUUUGCAGCCUCUGUUUGUCUCUUAGCCCCUUUGGCUUGACUAGAAGCUCUAUGUUUAGUUUAAGCUCAGUCUGGAAGAUAUAACAAUUUUGCAUUAAAAAAAUGAGGAAAUCAUAGGAAGAAAAACCCUUUGCUUUUUGGAUGAAUCUUACUGAUAAUUUGCUAAAGCUCAUUUGAAUUUUAAGCACUUCUUUAAUCUUCAAAGGCUAAAUUGCUUUAUGAAUAUGCAUGGUGUGGGCAGACUUCAGUUCAUUACCUAGUUGUAAAUUCUAAUGACCAUUAGGUCCUUCCAGUAAUUGCGAAUUGUUUUGCAUUUUUGAUUGGCCUAUUAACAUGUACAUUCGGUGCACAUCAGGCUGGCCUGUCAGCCUGCUGAAGGAGAAAAAAAAGGUGAAAAUUGUUUAUAGCACCAAGAUUCUUAGAUUUUCAAUCUUGCAAAAUUGAUGAUGUAAAAAAAUUAAAGCAGUGUUUUUUCUUCUCAAGAUUGAAAGUUCACCAAGAGAUUUGACAUAUUUAAUUUACAUGAUGACUUUGCACUCCUUCAUUAAUGUAAUUUGCAUAUGAAGCUGUUGUUAAUCACUUUUGAUCAUGUUUUGUGUAUUAGCUGCCUCAGUGGCUCUCCUCCUCAGAUGCCCCAGUAGAAAGGAGCAAAAUGAUGCAUCUUCUUGCCAAGUUUCCUUUAGUGAAUUGAGGAAUUAGAAGUCUAACCUUGAGUAAUUACAUAUGUUUUAUCCGUUUUCUUUUAACGUUAAGUACAGUUUGUGAACGUGUUGGCUGGAAAUCGUUCUCAUUUGGGGAGAAGACUGUAAAAUUUAAGUAUAUGAUUGAGGCACUUCCAGAUACAUAGAGAAAUAUGUAUUGCCUGUUUCUGUUCCCCACGAACAUUGCAGGGCAGUUUUAUUGUUAGCAGUUUGAUGUCAGGAAGCCUUGGCUAUUCUAGUGUAUUAAGACAUCAGGUUCCUCCUUUGGAAGAGGGAAGGCUACAGAACUACAAACCUUUCUAACAAUGCUUUAGGUUUCUUCUUUAGAUAGAUGGCUGGCACCUAAAGGACUUGGGCCUGGGUUUGGCUGACUCUUUUAUCUUUUAGAUCAAGUAAGUUUUCUCAUUCAGCUGCUGCUCUAAGCUACAAUGUGUCCUCCCCUCAUCACCAAAGUAUAUCCUGGUCUCCAGGCUCCCUGGGUUCCCAGUGUCUCCCUCAAGGUACACGAGUGCCCUGGUGGUGAAAACAAGGUGCUAACGGUUUCCGAUUUUUGAGAGCCUGUGAUUUUGGUGUUUGCCUUUGCUGUUGAAUAACCUGUGUUCUAUUAUUGAUGUUCAUCUUUGGUUUAUGAGUUUAUCACUGGUUAACAAGCAGAAUCAGAACACUGUAACUGAUAUUCUGAUUAAAACGAAUGUUUAAUGAAAGAAAAUAAAUUGUGAUGGAAAAUGAACAAUGUGUAAGAAACAUAGCUAUAAUUUUAACCUCCCAGGGACCUAGCACUGCCCUACCGUGACUUCCAUCCAUACCAUGCUAAAAGCAUGCUUCAGUUUAAAGUUGUUAAUAUUCAGCUGGGAAACAGUAUCCAGAACACAAAUAAAUUAUUAAGUGCAUGAACUUUUUAGGCAGUAAGAUGAACUGAUGGGGUCCAUCUGUGAGAUCCAGGGGCUUUUUAUUUGUGUGUGUCGAGCGAUUCUGCCCUCUCCGACUUCACAGCCUUUGGUCUCCGGCCAACUGCAUGCAUAAUUGAUUCCACACGCACUAUCAUUUUCUUGAUGUAAUUGCUUUACUAAGAUAUGAUGAAAUCUAAUGGAUAAUUUGCUAUUUGAAAAUGGUCAAAAAAAAUCUUCAUACUUUAUGUGGGGCUGAGUGGGCAGUGGAGAAAGGGGUAUUCAGCUGACCUGGUAUUUAAGAAAACAAAACAAGCAACACUAACUUAUGCAUGCUGCUUCAGUCGCGUUGGCUGUGGAUAGGAAGGUCUUUGUGACAUAUGGAAGCCAGUGUAUAAAUCUCUCUCCUUCUAUCUUGCAUCACCCCCUUCAUUCCUUCUCUCUUUCUCUCCUCUCUCUCUCCCCCAAACUUUACAAGAAAGGGAUCCUAACAAGGUAAAAAGUAAACAAUUUAGUCAUCACAAGCCUUAUUAUUCAGUCUAUCCAGGAGUUUUGCCAUGUCGGUUUAUUUAACUUCCAGGAAUGUAAACACUGACACAGCCCUAGAAGCAGCAAGAAAGAUUACAGUAUUAGAGUUAAAAACGUGAGCAUGGAGGAGCUGUGCUUUAUACUCUGCUAUAAUAACACUUUACAUUGAAACAUAAUGGUAAGUCAAAAGCGACUGGAAACUUCUGCUUAUAUGGAGUACAAAUUUCAUUCUAAUAGAUUGGCAUAAUCUAGUGUACCCAGGGUAGAUUGUUAUAUAAUGGAGAAACUGUAUAAAUGUCAAGUACACAAAUAAUUCUACAGGAAGUAAAUGAAAAGUAUUAGAAUUUCUUAAGUCACCAUUAAAUUUUGUUGGUGGGACAAUCUCAUUAGCUCCUUCAAAAUCAUGUGGCUUUGCAUAAGUCUUUUGAAAAUGUAUUUUCAGGGAAUUUACAGAUGGUGAAACAUUGUUUUAAUCCAAACCAGUUAAUGCUUUAAAUCUACCUUUAAAAAAAUUGUACUGUUUUUCGAAGUACUUAAAGGGAGUGGAGGGGUAGAAAGUGUAUAAGUGAAUCCAUCUCACUGUGGCAAACUGUUUUUCAAGUAAAGUCAUAAUAAUGAACAACACAUGAUCUGAAAUUUGAUCAGCAAACAUAUACUUAUGCCAAGGAAUUUUCUUUUUUUCUUUCCUUUUUUUUCUUUUUCGCCAUUCACAUACCAAGGUUCUGUAAAUCAGUAAACCAGGCAGAGAGUAACUAUUGUAAGGGGGAAACCAAAUCAUAAUACCCAGAAUGGCCCAGAAGCUGUCUUUCUGAAGAAACAUUAACGCCACCACCACCAAAAAAAGAAAAACAAAAAAACAAAAAACAAAGCAAAACAAAACAAAACCUUUUUACAAAACUGGAAAUGACAGAAUAGUUUUAAAAGGAAAAAAAAAACCCAAAAACCAAAAAGCAACAACCACCUUCUGACGCUCAAAACUUCAAACUAUUAAUAGACCACCAGUGAGAUAGACUGUCUUUGUGCCUUGAAAUGCAAAAUGAGGGAAAUAAUUAGCAGAGGAACAAAAUUCUCAAAAUUUGAAGAACUUCUGUGAUUACUGGGGGUACAGUGAAAAGAAAAUGCAAAUUUCUUCCUGAUCUUAAUUAGAUUCGAUUGUGCGGUGGGUGUGUUGGAUUUGGGGGGAGGGGCAGAGGCAGGGAGUGCUGGGGUGAGGCGUGAGGCUGAGUGUUGUGGAGACAGGUUAGCAGGGGCCCGGCGGUGUGGCAGGAACAAAGGCAGCUUCCAACGCUGGUGCAGGAUUCCGAGCCUUAACCCAGAUGCUCAUGGUGCCCUAGUCUUGAGUCCUUCAUUUAGGUGGGCUUAUUUCCCACUAGGUCUGGGGGAUUUCAUUUGUCCUUUGAGGGGCAGGGUGGACACUGACAGAACAGCUGCAGCCGGCAGAGAGGGUGGUUAGGAAGAGGGAAGCAGCCUGUGGGUAACUUCCCGACCACAUGGGAAGGCUGAAUAAGACGUUAUGGACCCUGCCUUGGGUACUGGGGUCAGCGUCUCCUGGUGGUGUCUGCACAGGGCCCCCCAAUGCCAGGGCACUGCCAAAACACGCUCUUGAGUUUAAUGGUAGUGGUUGGUCUGAGUCCUGCCAAAGUGUAUGGAGCAAGUUUCAUUGGCUGGACUUUCCCCUUGCAUGAAAUAAUAAAAGCCCUGGCCAAGGCUUAUGAAUCUAUUUUUGUUUCAUUAAUAUUAUUUAUUAUGUAUUUUAUUAAUAUUUUUUGGACGGACCUUGCUCUCAUUUGACCAUUUGUAGUUAUAAUUAAUGCAUUCCGUACUGGUUGUAAAAAGUGGACUUGCAUUUAAUUGCAAGUCAGGGUAAAUUAAUGGAUAUGAUUUAAAACAAAACUCACUUAAAAUAUUCUUGCAGAACGCAAAGGAGGGGGCAGUCCCAGUAUUUAAUUUAUUUUCUGGUUUAGUGUCAGUGUGAGAGGGUCGAAAAGAUUCUGUGGGUCCAACGGGAUUUGUGUCUGUGUGUGCAGGACCGUCGGGCAACACAGAGGGAGGAGAAAAACCUGGACCGGAGUAGGGUAGCCAGGAGCUCUUUUUUUUUUUCUCUCUAAUUUCUGAGGUUGCCAGGAGGGGCUUAAGCAAAGUGGUCAAGUCCAUCUGCUCCGGAGAAGGUGGUAAAGAAAAGAGGUUAGUGGCAAGAGGGAAGGAGCACAAAGGGAAAAUUGUACAUUGGGAGCGUUACUCUCCCUGGCCAUGGUGUAGCCAGACUGGUUUAGCAGACAGAAUGAUAGAUUGUUUUGUCAGGGGUCCCAGGGUGCGCCCUGAACUUGAAGCACUUUGUUUAUCUUGAAUAGAAAGGGAAAAGCGCAGACAUAAUCGAUGUCUAGUUUUUAGGAGCUCGAAAGAGGUAGGAGAACAGAGAAGACUCGGGAGGGGUAGUGGGAGGUGGGGGAGGUGCAGGCCCUGAUUGUGGUUGUCCAUUAACAGAUGAACUUGGCCGAGGGCCAGGCUUUAGAUGAGAGCGUGUCAGGGCCCCAGUGCAGCCAAGCCUUUUCAGUGGUUUUUUUUCCUUUUUCUUUCUUUCUUUUUUAAAUACCUGCUGACUGUACAUCAAAUGCUCCCUGGUCUUUUGGCUAAAGGCAAAAAAAUAAAAAAUAAAAAAAAUAAAGAGACGCACAGCUCAAUUUUUUCCCUCCUCUGAACCAGUUGAGGCCAGUCUUUUGGCUACAUAUGCGGGUUCUAUCAUCUUUCCUGGCUUGCCGUUGGGAAAAAAAGAGUUGUGAUAACGCCAGUAACCUGAGGGCCAGAUGGGAAGGGUUUGGUUGUGUUCAGGCGACCAGGUGUGAGAGCUCGUGGUGCAGUGGGGUGGGGCGUGGCUGGCGUGCCUGCGUGUGCAGGUAAGAAAUCAGUGGAAACUCUUUUUUUUUUUUUUUUUUUAAAUGGCUGAAGUUUAACUUGUUGCAAGGGGCCUGUGAAUUAAGCUGUCGGUGGCUGAGAACGAUAAUAUGCAAGGAAGGCUCAAGGAAGGCUCAAGAAAGGCCAGGGGUGGGGAAAAGGUGCUCUUGUUAGAGGCGCAGCCUUUCCUGGGCAUGACCGAUGGCAAACCCAUGUGUUUGGGCUUGUUUUGUUCUCGAUUUUCUUAUCUUCUUGGCCUCUUCCUGUGUUUUUUAGUUUAUUGUGACAUUAUGCAUUCAUAUAUGAAUGUUGGCAAGCAAGAGUCAUCAUCCCAAUAACUUCCUGACAUUUUUAGCUCUUUUAAUGUGCAGUCUUUGCCCUCCUGCCACAAGUGGCGAAGUAAUUGAAUUUCCCUGUUACUAACUGGCAGGAGGUAUGUUCUAGUUCCCACCAGAGGAGCUGCUGGGGCUAAAGCUGGGUUCAUAGAAUCCCACCUAGGGGACACCAGGGCUUUCAAGUGGUUUGGGGACCUGUCUGAAAUGAUAUUCACACAAUAAAAAAUAUUUUUCCCAUCAUAGACUUGAAAAGGCACCAUUGUGCACAUCUAUAUAAAAUGUGAUAAAAUCACAUUUACUUCCCCUGGCUGAGGCCUCAUAAGGGAGGCAGGAUUUCCUUCUCCUUUUCUAGUAGCAAAUAAAAACUGGGAAAAUUUGGGGGCUUCUGGGUUUAUCCCAUGGAUACCUGCCCCCGCUCCCGCCCGCCAACUCAGCCAAGCCCUUAGAGGCAGUCUUCUCUCCCACCUAGAUGUCUUUGUAACCUGAGCUGGUAAGAAAGGGAGGAGGGACAGAAAGAGGGGAAAUAUGCCCUUGACAUAUGAUGUAUCUUCUUUCUUUUCUUCUUCUCUUUGAUUACACCAAAUAAAAUGGUUUAGGCUGAGGGUAAAGAAGUAAUACCAUUUCUAGUUGUGCAACCUUGGGCAGAUUUCAUUCCCUAAGCCUCCGCUUCCUCAAUCUGUAAAGUGGGGGGAAUCACGGGGCUUGCCUCAUAGGGCCUUUGAGCAUCCUAUGAGAGCAUGUGGGGGCGCUGGGCUCAGUGCUGGGCACAUGGUAAAACAUGUCACAAAAGCUCAUUACUGUUACGGUUAUGACUCAUGGCUUGGAGCUGUGUGCUCCUGAGGUCUCAAAGUAGUUCCCCCAUUAUGGGGUGAGCAGGUUGGGAUGAGAGAAGAGCAGGGCAGGUGGGGGUCUAAAGAGCUCAGGGUCUCAUUAUGUUUCUGGUGGCAGCUCCCUCAGUGGGUGGGAGUCCCCUCUCCCCAUAGACGUGUGUUGCCUUACGAGAGGCUUGUGCCUGCCUGGGUGUGUGACACAGUUACUCUGGGUUCAGAUUUCUAUGUUACUGCUAGCUGGUUGGGAGAGUCUGAGGGAAUCAUUUCACCUCUCUGUGAAAUGGAGACAACUCAAGGUCCCUUACCUUAUAGAGUCCAUGUGAGAAGUAAAUGAGGGAAAGCACAGACAUUACUCGCUCUGGGGGCUGCACCUCCAGAAUUGCUGUUGUCAUUACCAUGUGUCUGACACAUUGAUAUUCCAUCCCACAACAACCUCAGAAAGGAAACACUCCCAUUAGCCUCAUUUGGUAGAGGAGGAAAUUGGGGUUCAUCAAGGGUUAAAUGACUUCCCUGAGGGUCCACAGUUGUUCAAUCCUUUGGCCUGUGGCUGCCACCCUCUGCUACCUCUUCAGUACGUGUGCAGCUUUCUUCAGCGGUGCCAGGCAACAACUGGGCAGGAAGCUCUGGUGCUGGACAGUUGUCCCUCCCAUGGGUUCUGUGGUCAAGUUUUUCAAUCUUCUGGGAAAGAGAAGAAUGUUCCCCUCCAGUUCUGGGCAUAUUGAAGGAGCACAGAGCUGUUGGGAAAAGUUGCAAUGUAAGGAAUCCUGCUUUGCAAGUAGUCAUUUCCCCAUCUGUCCAGAAUGAGCCCGAAAUCGAGUGAGGGUCCUGAGAAACAGAGGGAGGAGGUUUUACUGUUUGUGUGUGGCUUGGUCAGGAGACUGCAGUGGGCUGAAUGAGAAACCAAGCUCGGACUUUUAAGAAGUGGUGAGGCUUGGCCUGCAGCAGUUCUGUGUGUUGUCUCUGUGGCAUUUACUUCUCGGAUCGUACCUUCAAAGGCUGGGGAGAAUCAGAAUUAUACAGGGAGGGAGAGACUGAGUGUGAGUGAGUGUGCGUGGCAGUGGUGCUUCUGAGGACGAUGGGUUCUGGGGGGUCAUAAUCUGCUUCGAGGAGGUUUUCAUUUCUGGCUGAACAAGGCUGUGGUAAGGCAAGUCCGGAAGGCGUGCUGGAAACUUGAGGGAAGUUUUGAAUGGAAACUGCAGUCAACAGCUCCAUAUGAUCCGCAUGUGGCUUCCCCAGAGGCAAGUUUUCAGCUGCGUGGUGGCCUCUCCCAGUCACUCCACAGGCUGCCCUGACACUGUUAAUAUUUGCUGAAGCAAGACCUGAGGUUCGUUGCAGAUGGAUUACACAAUGUAUUCCAAAACCAAAUGUUACUGUUUUCCUGUAUUCUCCAUCCUUUCAAAUUGGCCAGGCUAACAUAGACCUCCACUGAUAGAAUUUCAGAAUCAUUUGGUAGUUGAGAAGCGCCUACUUCAUGUGGAGGCCCCGUGGGAGGAGUGGAAGAGUUGGCCUCAGCACUGGCGAGUAUCGGAUGGGAGCUCUGCUCACUUGAUAAACUUCUGCACUGGAGGGGCCUCUCCUCCCCUCGUUCUGCACAUGGAGCUCUAAUCCCCACGCCUGGGAUGAGUGCAGAAUAUGCCCCACAGGGUAUUUGUAAAGAUGAGCCCAGCAGCUACACAUGUACAACUUGCAAACAGCCAUUCACCAGUGCAUGGUUUCUCUUGCAACACGCACAGAACACUCAUGGAUUAAGAAUCUACUUAGAAAGCGAACACGGAAGUCCCCUGACCCCGCGGGUUGGUAUCCCUUCAGGACUAGGUGCAGAAUGUCCUUCCCAGCCACCUCUCCAUGGGAUUCAUAUUGCAGACAAUAACCCCUUUAACCUGCUAAGAAUACCAGGAUCAGUAUCGAGAGAGGCUUCCGGCCUGGCAGAAGGGCGCUUUCCACCCACUCCCCCCCUGUUUAGUCCACCACCGAGACAUCACUUGGACCCCCACCGCAUAGAGCGCCUGGGGGCGGAAGAGAUGGCCCUGGCCACCCAUCACCCGAGUGCCUUUGACAGGGUGCUGCGGUUGAAUCCAAUGGCUAUGGAGCCUCCCGCCAUGGAUUUCUCUAGGAGACUUAGAGAGCUGGCAGGGAACACGUCUAGCCCACCGCUGUCCCCAGGCCGGCCCAGCCCUAUGCAAAGGUUACUGCAACCAUUCCAGCCAGGUAGCAAGCCGCCCUUCCUGGCGACGCCCCCCCUCCCUCCUCUGCAAUCCGCCCCUCCUCCCUCCCAGCCCCCGGUCAAGUCCAAGUCAUGCGAGUUCUGCGGCAAGACGUUCAAAUUUCAGAGCAACCUGGUAGUGCACCGGCGCAGCCACACGGGCGAGAAGCCCUACAAGUGCAACCUGUGCGACCACGCGUGCACCCAGGCCAGCAAGCUGAAGCGCCACAUGAAGACGCACAUGCACAAAUCGUCCCCCAUGACGGUCAAGUCCGACGACGGUCUCUCCACCGCCAGCUCCCCGGAACCCGGCACCAGCGACUUGGUGGGCAGCGCCAGCAGCGCGCUCAAGUCUGUGGUGGCCAAGUUCAAGAGCGAGAACGACCCCAACCUGAUCCCGGAGAACGGGGACGAGGAGGAAGAGGAGGACGACGAGGAAGAGGAAGAAGAGGAGGAAGAGGAGGAGGAGGAGCUGACGGAGAGCGAGAGGGUGGACUACGGCUUCGGGCUGAGCCUGGAGGCGGCGCGCCACCACGAGAACAGCUCGCGGGGCGCGGUCGUGGGCGUGGGCGACGAGAGCCGCGCCCUGCCCGACGUCAUGCAGGGCAUGGUGCUCAGCUCCAUGCAGCACUUCAGCGAGGCCUUCCACCAGGUCCUGGGCGAGAAGCAUAAGCGCGGCCACCUGGCCGAGGCCGAGGGCCACAGGGACACUUGCGACGAAGACUCGGUGGCCGGCGAGUCGGACCGCAUAGACGAUGGCACUGUUAAUGGCCGCGGCUGCUCCCCGGGCGAGUCGGCCUCGGGGGGCCUGUCCAAAAAGCUGCUGCUGGGCAGCCCCAGCUCGCUGAGCCCCUUCUCUAAGCGCAUCAAGCUCGAGAAGGAGUUCGACCUGCCCCCGGCCGCGAUGCCCAACACGGAGAACGUGUACUCGCAGUGGCUCGCCGGCUACGCGGCCUCCAGGCAGCUCAAAGAUCCCUUCCUUAGCUUCGGAGACUCCAGACAAUCGCCUUUUGCCUCCUCGUCGGAGCACUCCUCGGAGAACGGGAGCUUGCGCUUCUCCACACCGCCCGGGGAGCUGGACGGAGGGAUCUCGGGGCGCAGCGGCACGGGAAGUGGAGGGAGCACGCCCCAUAUUAGUGGUCCGGGCCCGGGCAGGCCCAGCUCAAAAGAGGGCAGACGCAGCGACACUUGUGAGUACUGUGGGAAAGUCUUCAAGAACUGUAGCAAUCUCACUGUCCACAGGAGAAGCCACACGGGCGAAAGGCCUUAUAAAUGCGAGCUGUGCAACUAUGCCUGUGCCCAGAGUAGCAAGCUCACCAGGCACAUGAAAACGCAUGGCCAGGUGGGGAAGGACGUUUACAAAUGUGAAAUUUGUAAGAUGCCUUUUAGCGUGUACAGUACCCUGGAGAAACACAUGAAAAAAUGGCACAGUGAUCGAGUGUUGAAUAAUGAUAUAAAAACUGAAUAGAG